AGAAAAGCAACCAGUCAGAAAUAAAAGGACAAGAUCCAGAUGAAGAAAUGUGCUCUGGCUGACACAUUUAUCCCAGACGUCUCAUAUCCUUCUUAGGUCCUGUAAUCUCCGACCUAGACUGCCAUCUGAGAAAAUGACCUGCCGAAAGAGUUCAUUCUCCCCGAAUGAGUAAACAGGCACCAGGUCAGCCCUGAGGAAGAUCAGCAGAGGUUAUGUCAGCAUGACCAGUAGUUGUCUGCUGGUUACAUGAGAGGAUGCAAGAGACUCUGCAGCGCCUCCGAUCACAAUCACCACUGCGUUUCCUUUACCACUUUUUGAAAGGAGGGGUUUGCCAGUCCUUCAUCAGCCAUAUGAAGUAUAGAGUGGGGAGCGGCCACAGCGAGGUGAGUUGGAGGAGGCUGCCUGCAACAUACGUCGCCUUCUCCUGAGUCUUCUUCUAUACCAUGAGCUCUGGCUCUGCCCAGGAUGUGGCAGUCGAGCAUUUCCUGCGUGACAUAGAGAGGCGAAGCAAGCGGCUGCACUGCGCUGUGAUAGGCUGCGAGGAGGAGCGACCCCGCAGCGACAUGAACCUGCUGUAUCGUAAGAGCCGUUUGGACUGGAGGCAGAGGGACCAAGAGGGAAGUAAAAAGAGCUCCACCCAAAAUGACCCUUCAGCUACUGUCGGCAAAGUCAGAGACUUGGCUUCUUUCCGCCGGCACUUCCGGAUGGGUUUUAUGACCAUGCCGGCCUCCCAGGACCUGUCCCCUCACUCCUGUGCCUCCGCCAUGGCGCCACGCUCGCAAUCCUGCCAUGCGGUCGGUGCCGGGGAUGCAAGUCUAGAGAACGGAGAUUACUCUGACACCCAGUCACAACAUGGCGGCCGCUGCCCUCCGGCCAAACCCAAACGUCACCCCAGCACUCGCCUCAGCUCCUCAUCCGCUGACAGCAGAGGACCUCCCGAGACGCCGCCACCUCCCCCGCCCUCUCAUUCACAGACCAAACACUCAGAGAAGAAAAAUGCCAUGAAGAAGUCUGACUCUGGGGAGAUCGGUUCAAAGAAGGUUCCUCCUUUAAAGCCCAAGAGAAGUCCCAGCACCCAGCUUUCCUUUGACCCCCUUCCUCCACGUGUGCCUCCUUCUGCCACAUCCCUGCCUUUCCAGGCAGCAGACUCUCAGAUUCAGACAGGAGACGGGGAGGAUGAGCCAGUCUAUAUAGAGAUGGUGGGCCAGGUGUUCACCAGAGACAGCCAGACCGCCACCCCCCACCCUGUCACCCCCGUGGCCACCACACCUGACUCUGACUCAGACCAGAGUGAGGCAAUCUAUGAGGAGAUGAAAUACCCGCUGCAAGAGGACAGAGAGUCCCAGAGACACCCCCCACCCAAACACGAGAAACUGAAAUCCUCUAAACAUUACCAUGUCACCCCAUCUUCCUCCAACAGCUCCUCCUCUCUGCCACGCCCGUCCUCUUCCUCUCCUUCCUACUCCAAACCCAAAGCCACUGUGUCGAUCUCUCAUUCAUCUCCUCUGCCAUCCUCCACAUCCUCCACCCCUGUCCCCCAGGUCCUCUCCGCCAGUCCCCACACCCCACGAGCGCCUACUCCCUACCUGCUGCAAGGGGGUAAAUCUGAGCCCGAGUCCAACACGAAGAUCCCAGCCCCUUUCCCGAACCUUCUACAACACCGGCCCCCGCUGCUGGCCUUCCCUCAGCCCGCAGCAGCCUCCAGUGGGGUCGGGGUACAAAACAAGGUCUCUGCCUCUGCUAAAAUGGGAACUCAAACGUCCAGCGUGACGACGCAAGCCAGCACCUCCUCCUCAACGUCCUCUAAUGUUCCCGUAUCCAUGUCAGGCUCCAAGGAGUCAUCGGGAGGAAGUAUAACCCCGCAGGACAAACACAGUAGAGACGCCCAGUUGGGCCCUGCUCCUGGACUGAGAGCCAGGAGUCACUCAACACCUCUGCCUCCAUCCUCCAAAUCCACCUCACCUUUCUCCCAUCACCACCACCACCCUCACCACCGCCCCUCGCACUACCAUCACUAUCGCAAGCCAGAAAGAGGAGACUCUCCUGCUCCGACCAAGAGCAGCUCUCAGACUUUGAACCAGGCCACCGUCCAGACCCAAACCUCAAGUACAGGCAAGGAGGGCAAGUCUGUUAGCUUCCUCUUAAAGACAGAUAAAGGAGAGAGGGAUAAGGACAGAGACAAGGAUAGGGAGAGGGACCGAGAUAGAGAUAGAGACCGAGAUAGAGAUAGAGACAGGGAUCGGGAUAGAGACAGAGAUAGAGAUAAGGACAGGGAUAGAGAAAGAGACAGAGAAAGGGAUCGAGACAGGGAUCGGGACAGGGAUCGGGACAGGGAUCGGGACAGGGAAGGAGGGCUGCACUCCUUACAGAUGGAUAUUGCCACUAGCAGCCAAACAUCUCAAGGCAGCACCAGCUCAACCCCUACUCCAUUAUCCUCAUCCCAACGUCCUCAUUCUCGCCCGCACCUCCGCUCUCACACUCCUCAUGGCCUGCCAGCAUACAAGCCUCCCUCCUCGGACAGCCCCCUGCUGUGGACCUACCCUUCCGGCGGCUUCCGGAGACCGCCGGCUUAUGAGAGCCUGAGAGGAAGCUCUCAGACGCCGUGUCUGCAACAGCCCUCGAGUCUUACAGGUGUAGGUGAAGGGGCAUCCAAGAGUAACGGAGGGUCCGCAUCCCUCCAGUCGAAAGUUGGCUUCAUGCCUUGGGACAGCAGUGCCAGCUUAGCCGCAGAUGAGGGGUCUUACUGGCCCAUGCAGAGGAAAUUGUCCUUCAGCCAUGGGAGCAGAGACACAGAGAAGGACGAAGGACGGGCAUGGAACGGCAGUGCUGAUGCCCUGUUAAGGAUGGAUAAAGAGGAGUUGGGGAUGGGGUCUCGAGGAGGCCACUCAGGCAUCCCGGUCCACUUCAGUGGUGCCACCAGCAGGGCCCUUGGUCACAGUGAGUCCUUGGCAGGCAUGGACAGCAGCCCAGGAUUCAGAGCCCUGCCCAGAGUCGGGCUGCCUCUUCCCUGCCAGACUUUCCCUGCCUGUCGCAAUGGAGAAGUGGGGCGGCUGGGCCGCUCCUCCUCUGCUGCUGGAGUGAGACAGGUGGGUGGAGGAGACGUCCAGAGACAGAGCAGUCUACCAGCACGAGAAGCCCUGAAUCAGCUGCAUGGUCUGGCCCAACCUCAAGUGCCCUGCAGUCCCAGCAGUCCCAGUGUGUCUCGACAGCAGCAGCAGCUUCAGCUCCACCAGCAGCAGCUGCAGUUAAAGCAGCAGCUCCAGCAGCUUCAGCAACAGCACCACCUACAGUUACAGUUCCAGCAGCUCGCCCAGCUGGCACAGGGACAGCCUCCUGUCAGCGGGGGCACCACCCCUUCCACAACGCAGACCCAGAGAGACGGCAAGCUGCUGGAAGUCAUCGAGCGUAAACGCUGCCUGUGCAAAGAGAUCAAGGCCCACAGGCGCCCUGACAAAAGCUUGUGCAAGCAGGACAGCAUGCCCAUCCUCCCUAGCUGGAGACGGACACCUGAGCCUCGUAAGACUGGCACACCACCAUGCCAGAGGCCGCAGGCCGUCGUGUGGGACACGGCUAUCUGAGGUGGAGAGACAAGCCGGCAAGUACAGCACUGAAGAGAGACAAUACACACAGAUGCGUUGAAGGUGGUUGAACAAUUAAUAAGAGGCGAGAAUAAAAAUGUGUUCAGUAACUGGAAAAUCCUUUAAAGGGUUGUGGUGACAUAAUUACCACAGAGGGACGAGAGAUUGUGAACAAAGGAGAAAUUUGCUCGCACUCUUAUUGUGUGAUCUGAGAACGGUGAUGAAAGUUAUUGGAGACUUUGAACUCGUUUAGGAGAAGAAAAAAAUGAAAACGGUUGAUAAGAAGGGUGAAGUAAAACAAGUAUUACAAUCAAACUAAACAGUUGAUUUGUACUUGGUCUGUACUGUGUCCUUCUUGAUGUGUUCUAAUUGCCAAUGAUUUUUUGCCACAAAACACCAGUAUUAUUGCUACAAAAUGAAGACACCAACUUGAUAAUAAUGGGUGGGAUGUUUUCUGAGUUUGGUGUUUGCCAAAUUUCCUCCUGACUACUUGAGACAUAAAGGAAUCAUGUUUUUAUUUUAUUUUUUUCCCCUCCAACACACGGAGAGAAAGUUAUAAGAAGGUACCUGCCAGUGAAGGGCACAUUAAACUGUGGUCCAACACACAUAGAAACUACUCUGUGGAUGAGAAAAGGCAAGACUCAUUGAUAAGUUAUUGAAGUGUUUCUUGAAAUCGUGAAUGCAUAUGAGAUGUCUUGGUAUCAACAGAUUGUCAUUGUGGAUGCAAAUAAUCAUCACCGAGGAGUAAAAGCUACCUACUGUAUCUGUUUGCAUAUUUGUAAUGUAAAUCUAUUUACUUUCUCGACAUUUCUGCAAUUUUAUAGCAAUAUGCUCCCAAUGCCAGAGCAACAUAAUUAAAACUUGUGUCAACUAGCCUAACAUACAUAUCUAAGACUUGAAUAAGUCAUAUUUACUGUGUCAUUCUCUGCAUGUCACAAUAGACAUACAGUAUUGUAAAAAAAAAAAAAAAAAAAGUGUAGAGAUGAUCAUGUCAGACUUUUACAUACAGCUGAACUUCACUAUAAUAACAUGUGGUUGUAUAAAAAAAAAGAAGAUGUUGCUUGGUGUAUCAUUAGAAAAGGUGGUUCGACAGAUGGCACAUACAGUGCAGUCCAGCCAAAUAUAGACAACAGAUCAAUGGUACAGAAAAACUUCAUCACUCAUGCUUAUCCACAGUUGCACAUUAGUGAUUGUUCCACCACACAGAAAAAAAACAAGCACUGACACCCAUCAACACAGACUGUACAAUAUGGUGCAACUGAUAAGACUGUGAGUAUUGAUCACCUCAAACA